CUAAUCGAUGGCUUUUUUGAAACUUUUGUAAUUUCUUCAUUUUAAUUUAUUUGUUUUAUUUUUUUAAAUUUAUUACAUAUUUGAAUAUUACCUAAAAAUUACUAUAAAUCACCGCUUCAAAUACAUAUAAAAUAAUGUAAGAAGAAGCGUUCAUGGCAUAAGGAGGAUAGCAAGCGUUCAGACCACUGGAAUUUUGUGGACAUCUGUUUCCGAUUGUGAUUAAGUUGUUCAUCUGUCGAGAAAUAAAAGCUGUAACUUUUGCAUUCUGCAUCAGAACUUUGGGGAACAACUAAUGAAUAGCGGACAAAAAAUCCUUGGUGGAGGGGUUCAGCAUGUGUUGGACUAUCUGAGGCGAAUGCAAGCUGAAAGUCCAGCAUUUUUCUAUGCUGUUCAGGGUGAUAAUGGAUCUUCUAAUGGAAACAUUUUUUGGGCCGAUGCAACUGCCAGAAUGAACUAUCAUUACUUUGGGGAUAGUAUCAAAUUGGAUACUUCCUAUCGAGCUAACGGCUGUUGGGUACCUUUUGCUACUUUCACUGGCUUAAAUCAUCAUGCACAGCCUGUUCUUUUUGGAUGUGCUUUGAUUUUUAAUGAGUCUGAAGCCUCACUCGUCUGGCUCCUGCAAACUUGGCUUCAAGCGAUGUCUGGACAGAAGCCUGUUUCCAUCACAACUGACAUUGAUCAGCUCAUACAGAUGGCUGUUGCUCACGUUCUGCCAGAAACUCACCAUCGUCUUUGUAAAUGGAGCAUACUUCGAGAAACCAAGGAGAAGCUGACUAACGUAUUUCAAACACAUCCAACCUUUGAAACUGAAUUUAUGAAGUGCGUUAAUGCAAGUGAGACAAUCGAGGAAUUUGAAUCUCAGUGGAAGUCAUUCCUAGAAAGAUAUUACCUCACGGAUAAUGAAUACCUUCAAUCAAUUUAUAGUGCUUGCCGUCAUUGGGUUCCUGUUUUCAUGCGCGAGACAUUUUUUGGGGAUAUUUUAAGUGAUGAAGACAAUGAUGCCAAAAACACUUUCUUCAAUGGGUAUGUGGAUGCUUCUACCACUAUCCAGACGUUGAUUAAACAAUAUGAAAAAGCCCUUACAAUCUGGCACGAAAUGGAAUUAAAAGAAGAUCUUGACUCUACUAAUACUACACCAGUUCUAAAGACACCAUCGCCUAUGGAAAAACAAGCAGCUAAUCUCUAUACUAGGAAGGUUUUCAUAAAAUUUCAAGAGGAGCUGGUUGAGACCCUUGCAAAUCCUGCAACUAAAAUUGAUGAAUCCAGAACAAUCACAACAUAUCAUGUUGCAAAAUUUGGGGAAGAGCACAAGGCGCACACGGUUAGGUUCAACACAUUUGAGUUGACAGCAAACUGUAGCUGUCUAAUGUUUGAAUUUUCAGGUAUAAUUUGUAGACAUGUGUUAUCUGUGUUCAGAGCCAAAAAUGUUCUUACGCUUCCUUCUCAAUACAUUUUGAAACGUUGGACACGAAAUGCCAAGAGUGGCAGUGGAAGCACUUUAGAGGAACAUCGUUUAGCGUUACCUAGCAAUUCUCAGGAGUCUUUAACUAUGCGUCAUAAUAGUUUGCGACAGGAGGCAAUUAAAUUUGUAGAAGAAGGGGCGAAAUCUAUUCAUAGUUACAAUGUUGCAGUGAAUGCUCUGAAAGAGGCUGCAAAAAAGGUUGCUGCUGCAAAGAAGAAAAACACUAACAAAACUCUGGUGAACAACAUAGUAAAUGGAUGCAAUCAAGGAGUGGAUGAAGGAGUUAUUGAUCAAGCAGAUUCAGAUCAAUCCAAGGAAGAGAAGGAACAAAAGAUCCGUGAACUGAGUACGGAGUUAGAGUGCUUAAAUCAACAAUCGGAAGUUUAUCGUGCCAAUUUAUUAGCAGUUUUGAAAGACAUGGAGGAGGAGAAAUUAAAGCUAUCUGUGAAAGUGCAAAAUGCACGGCUUAGCUUAAAGGAGUGAAUCCUUUCAUUCAUUUUUCUUGUUUCAAAUGCUUGUGAAUUUAGUUCUCAUUUAUGAGAAGCAUGAAAAGAUGAAAUGUAUAUAGCCAGUCAGGUAGCAUACUUUUCUUCACCUCCAGUAACGUUUCUUCACCUCCAGUAAUGUUCAGUGCAUUGUUGGAUACUAGCCCUUGUGUACAUUAAGCAUAACAUUAGAAUUCCAUCUGCAUUUCUAAC